CGGGGGUUGCAGGGAGAGCGGACGAGCUGGCGACGUGUUUUGCGCGCGAUGAGGCGUGACACGUGGCCCAAUCACAUGCAAGAAACGGACACGAUCCAUGAGUGCUUCUGGAAGUGAGUCCAACUCCGGUGCAGGUUCAGGUUCAGGUUCAAGCUCUUCUUCAUGGUCUGGCUCUAGCUCUGGUUCCAGCACAAUGUCUGGAAACGAUGCUCUCUCAGGUUCAGAAUCUACUGCCAAUUCAUACUCUGGAUCAUCCACAACCUCUGCCACCGCUGCAAACUCGGGCUCGGAUUCAAGCGCAUGGUCCAGCUCCAACUCUGGAGCUAGCUCAGAUACUGUGCCGUCUGGCACAGGAGCUGCUUCCAAUGCCGGCUCUAGCUCGAGUUCUUGGUCUAAUGGUGGCUCAAACACCGGCACAUUCUCUGGAGCUGGAUCCUCUAGCUGGUCUAGCUCAACAUCUGGAGGAGGAUUUGGUUCUGGAUCCCAAUUUCCAACUUUUGGAAUGGGUGGAGCUGCAGCCGGAGCUGGAGGUUGGGGUAAGCACCAUUGAGAUACCGGUGCUUCUAUACGU